AUGCUCACCCACACAGCCCUCCUUCUCCAACCCCACCCCUGCAUCCUCGCCUUCCUCCUCGGCUCCGACUACCCCCCCAACCCCCGCGCCACCACCCUCUACACCGCAGCCCUGAACCACUCCGACUGGACCGCCCCCAUCAUUUCCUCCGCUUCUGCCCGCAUCCACCCCUCUGUAAUGAAAAUGCUCGGCCCGUACGACUGGGUCCCCCCCAACUAUUGGUACGGGGAGCGCCUUGGCGCAGCAUACGGCUUCGGCUCAGAGCAAGGCGCGGGUGUAGGGACUCCCGAAUUACCCAGUCUGCGACGGUUUCUCUCCGAGGAAGAACUAUCUAGUCUGUGGAAAGACAAGAAUGCAGAGAUGUAUCAUAUGUCUCCUGCUGGAUCGCAGUUCCAUACAAGGGGGGUGUAUAAUGCUGCGCUGUGGGGGAGAUUCGGCAAGCCGACGUCGUUGGAGGAGUAUGUGUUUCUGGCGCAGGUGAUGGAUUUUGAGGCUACCAGGGCGGAGUUUGAGGCGUUUGCGGUGAGGCAGAAUAGACUUGGUGCUGAUACUACUACUACUACUACUACUACUACUACUACUACUACUACUGGUGGUGGAGGGGGUAGGGCGGCGACGGGCGUGGCGUAUUGGAUGCUGAAUAGUGCGUGGCCGAGUUUACAUUGGCAAUUGAUUGACUAUUAUCUCAAGAGAGGGGGCGCGUAUUAUGGGGUGAAGGUUGGGGGGGCGUGCAUGUUGCGGUGGAUUAUGAGAGUGGGGAGGUGUAUGUGGUGA